AUGGCGACCCACCGCACGCUGCUGCCCGGGACCGUGUUCCCUGCCCUGUCGCUUGCGAAGGUCGGCGGGGGCUCCCUUGACCUCAAGCCUGCAGAGGGGCGCCACCUGCUGGUGGUGGCCUACCGCGGCUUCUUCUGCCCUCUGUGCCAGGGCACCCUGCAGGAUGUGCAGGGCAAGCUUGACAAGCUCCAGGACGCCGGCAUCGACGUCGUCGCAAUCUCGGCGGAGCCUCUGGACGUCGCCGAAAAGACGGCGGCGGACUGGGGCGUGACGUUCCCCGUGGGAGCGGGCCUGAAAGGCAAGCGGCGGCCGGCAGCCGGGGAGGGCGCGCAGGCCGACCUGCGCACUCUGGGGCUCUACGUCAGCGACCCCCGCCACUACCAGCCCAUCGACUGGCGCUUUGGCGAGCCCGGGUGGUUCCUGGUGUCCCCCGACGGCAAGAUCCAGUACGUGGACGUGGCGUCCACCCCGGUGGGCGGCCGCGUGAACGUGGACCACCUGCUGUUCGCGACCAAGUGGGUGCAGCAGCGGCUGGUGGAGCACCCGGAGUUCGCAGGCUAUGUGUGGGGCGGCGUGCCAGCGGCGGAGGGCGGGGAGGCUUAG